GGUCUCCACUUUACGUACUCCGCUAGUAUUUGCCGCGCUCUCGCUUUUAAUUUAUACAAAUUGUUUGUCCGAAUACAAAGUAUUUGAAAUAACAUUAUAACGAGUGUAAUGUAAUUACUUUGUUAGCGCUUAAUCCAAAGUAAAGGUCAAAUUUAUGACCUCGAACAAAUUUAGCCAUUUUCGAGUGCACAAAUUUCCACCUACUCAUUCACACCUAUGCAAAUUAGACAUACGUAACCGUUGGAAAAUCAGCUGCUUGUAUUCAUAUCUACCCGUCAGCAUUGGCGUUUCGUGUGCGUUUGCUACCACUAGAUAUAACUCGUUCCAUUAUGGCCGGCUGUAAGAUGCUGCCAAGAGUGUCGCGGCGCUUAGUCGCGUUUGAUUUCGAUUGUACCGUAGUGGAUGAUAACACAGAUACUGUGGUUCGCGAUCUCUUGCCAGCCGACAAGUUCCCCAGUGAAACCAUCAUACACAAGGAGGGUUGGCAGGAGUACAUGGCUGAAGUCUUCCGACGUUUGCACAAUCAAAGCUAUACGCCAGAAGCCAUACGGGACAAGAUACGCUGCAUACCGGAGGUACCUGGUUUUGUCCGUUUGCUAAAGCGUUUGCAUCAGGCGCAAGAAAAUAAAUAUGAUUUGAUAAUUAUCAGUGAUUCAAACACUGUCUUUAUAAAUGAGUGGUUGGAGGCGCAUGGGCUGGCAAAUUGCUUUGAAAGCGUCUUCACAAACCCAGCACAUUUUGACAAUGACGGCUUAUUGCAUGUGCAACCUUAUCAUCAUCAGACCGAUUGCAAACUGAGCGCUGCCAACUUAUGUAAGGGCAAGAUAUUGGAGCACUUUGUAGCCAAGCGGAAUCUGCGCGAUAACACACACUACGAGCGCAUUAUUUAUGUCGGUGAUGGUCACAACGACUUGUGUCCAGUGCUGAAGCUAAGGCAAGGCGAUAUAGCGUGUCCUCGACAAGAUUUUGCGCUGGACAAGAAAAUAACGACGCAUCGCAAUAAAAUGGACUUGCGCGCAGAUGUCAUUAAGUGGAAAAGUGGUUUUGAAUUGCUGAAGCAAUUAGCGGAACGUGACACUGCGCUGGACGAUACGGAUGCAGGCAAAACGACGGCGGAAUCAACAAAACACUAGACAGUCAAUUGUGCGGCGUCCGAAAAUUUGUAAUCCCACUAAAUUAAAUGCAUACGGAAAUAACAUUAUAUUAAGUGCUGUGUUGAUGUGUUUUGCCCAAGCUAUUUGUGUAUUUUCCAAUGGAUCUGUGUGCAUGAAUGUCAUUGUGUCAAUCAAAUCUCUAUGCAGGAGACCAAGUACUUCUCAUAAUUGUAACGAACUAUGUACGUAUUUUACAUCUACAUAUUUGUAUAUAUUUGUGUGUUUGGACGCGAGUGUUAAUUAAAACUGUCACAUGCGCGCCAUAAAAAAUCUGAAUUCAUACAUAUUUAUUGCACUUGGACGCUAAGUUGGAGUGAAUGAGCAGUUUGUGUGCUAGUUGAUAACACGGGAAUCUCUAUUUACAAUGAUAUUACAUACAUACAUAAUAUAAAUAUAUUUUUAGAUGUUUUAGCUGCGCAUUAUUGCAUUAAAUAAAUUACUGUAAAGCUC